AUGGAGAUACAGACUUCAGGGAAGCCCAUUGAUAUGCUGAUGGAGAAGGUUCUCUGUAUGAAUAUUCUUUCUUCUGAUUACUUCAAGGAGCUCUACAGGAUGAAGACCUAUCAUGAGGUCAUUGACGAGAUCUACAACCAAGUUGAUCAUGUGGAGCCUUGGAUGACUGGCAAUUGCAGGGGUCCUUCCACUGCAUUUUGUCUCCUCUACAAGUUCUUCACCAUGAAGCUUACUGUGAAACAGAUGCAUGGUUUGUUGAAGCAUCCUGACUCCCCAUACAUUAGAGCUAUAGGAUUUUUGUAUCUUCGAUAUGUUGCUGAUCCAAAGAUCCUAUGGACAUGGUAUGAGCCCUACUUGAAGGAUGAUGAGGAAUUCUCCCCUGGAUCUAAUGGUCGCAUGACAACCAUGGGUGUAUAUGUGCGUGAUCUUAUACUUGGACAGUACUACUUUGAUAGUAUCCUUCCAAGAGUUCCUGUUCCAGUAGUUCGUCAAGUAACAACCAAUCUUGAGAAGAUGAAGCUGCCUACCAAGCUUUCUGGGGUGACUGGAGACAGUCGCCACGGAUCAGAGGACACUGCCCGUCGCCCCCCAUCUGUUAAAGCUUCUCUGUCGGUUUCUUUUGGACAGCGUGUGCCGCACCGUGCUUCCACACGGGAUUCUUCCCCAGUGCGGCGAACAGUCACCCAAGAUGAUCAUCGGAGAUCAUCUUCACCAUUUCGUCGCAGUGUAAGUCGGGAGGGGCCUUACAAUGACCGUUCAAGUCACGACCGAGAAGGUAACCGUUCAAGCCGUGACCGAGAUACUGACCGUUCAAGCCGUGAUCGAGAUACUGACCAUUCAAGCCGUGACCGAGAUACUGGCCGUUCAAGCCGUCACCGAGAGCGUGAUCGUUCAAGCCAUGACAGAAAGCGUGAUUAUGACCGUGACAGCAGGGAUUGUGACUAUUACAGGUCCAGGCAUUCAGAAGAAAGAAGGGAUUACCGAAGCGAGCGUGACAAUAGUAGACACAGACGCUCCAGCUCAUGUCAUAGGAGCAGAAGCCGGAGUCGUAGCAAGAGCAGGAGCCGGAGUCGGAGCAGGAAUGAGCAUCGAUCUAGUCCAUUUGGGGAUAUAAGCAAAGAGAAGGCUGCUGCUGCCUCGAGCAACCUAGCUAAGCUGAAAGACCUGUACGGCGACGUAACUGAGAAGAAGGAUGACGGUGAUGCCAGGCGGCUUCACCAUGAUUCAUGUGCCGAGGAGGUUAUUAGGCUGGGAGGCCCUAGGUGGAGAUAA